UCUUCUCGGCCGGGUUUCAGCCGAGCGUCGCCCUCCGCCAUUUUGUGUCUUCGUGAGGCGAGAAGGAGGCGGCGGAGUGAGGGCUUCCUCUGAAGGAGGAAAGAGCGAGAAAGAGAGGCGCGGUGGGAUUAUUAGGAACAUAAGGAUUCCAUGGAGAUAUCUUUGGUGUGAUGAGAAACAAACCAGCAUCUAGUGGCCAUUGGGGAUUGUGGAAAGCAAACAAGCCGUAAGGAAAAGAGUCUUGUAGGAAAAAGCAAGAUCAGCACCACAAAGUGCUGAUCUUGCUGAACUAACUUUGGAUGAGAAGGGUAAAAAGAAGACUGAAGUGUCGAUAUUGCAGUUAAACAUACAUAUCACUGUCAACAUGCAGGAGAAACCCUAUACAUGCCUGGAGUGUGGAAAGAGCUUCAGUAAGAGUACAAACCUACGUAGACACCAACAAAUUCACACAGGGGAGAAACCCUAUAAAUGCCCUGAGUGUGGAAAGAGCUUCACCCAUAGUGGAAGUCUACAUUCACACCAAAGGAUUCACACUGGUGAGAAGCCCUAUACAUGCCUUGAGUGCGGAAUGAGCUUCAGUAGGAGUACACACCUACGUAGACACCAACACACACACAUUGGGAAGAAACCCUACAAAUGCCUAGAGUGUGGACUGGGUUUAACUCGGAGGGAUUCUCUACAGAAACAUGAAAGGACUCACACUGGGAAGAAACCCUAUGAAUGCCUGAAGUGUGGAAAGAGUUUCACUAGGAGCGAUCACCUGCAGAAACAUGAAAGGAUUCACACUGAUAAUAAAGCCUAUGAAUGCCUGGAGUGUGGAAAGAGCUUCACUCAGAGGGAACAUCUGCAGCAACAUGAAAGGAGUCACACUGGGGAGAAACCCUAUAAAUGUCUGGAGUGUGGAAAGAGCUUCGCUCAUAGUGGAGGCCUACGUAAACAUCAAAGGACUCAUACUGGGGAGAAGCCCUAUAAAUGCCUGGAGUGUGGAAAGAGUUCUACUCAAAAACAAUGUCUGCAGCAGCAUGAAAGGAUUCGCACUGGUGAGUUACCCUUUAAAUGUCUGGAGUGUGGAAAGAGCUUCACUAGCAGCGGAAGUUUACAUUCACAUCAACGUACUCACACUGGGGAGAAACCCUAUAAAUGCUUGGAGUGUGGAAAGAGCUUUACUCUGAGUGGAACUCUACGUUCACAUCAAAGGAUUCACACUGGGGAGAAACCUUAUAAAUGCCUGGAGUGUGGAAAGAGUUUCAGUUGGAGGCAUUCUCUGCAGCUGCAUGAAAGGACUCACACUGGGGAGAAACCCUAUACAUGUCUGGAGUGUGGAAAGAGCUUUACUCAGAGUGGAACCCUACGUUCACACCAGAGGACUCACACUCUAGUAAUGUGAUGCCAGAGAUAUGUCACGCCAGAGAAAUGUCGUACCUAUUGUAAGUGACUGCAUAAUGUUGGGGCAUUUUAUCAUAUUGUGAAAGGCCCAGAAAUAUUGGGCUUAAAUAAAUAAAUUUAAAAGAAUGGGAGGAACUUUGGAAGAAAAUAUUACAGUUUACAAGAAGUUGCUUUGUUAAAGAUUUUUUUAAUAAAAUAAUCUACAGAUGUUAUAUAA